CUGCGUUUAAAAUUAGGGUUUAAAAUUACCCUUUUUCAACCAAAAACCCUAACUUUUCGACUAGUAUUCAAAAUAUGAUACUAUAUUACUAUUUCAUCUCUUUUAGUAUUUUAAUGAUUGCAGGGGAAAAUUUGGCGGCAAAAUGGAGCUGAUCAAGCUAUCAAAAUUCAAGCUUCAGCUCCAAACCCUAAUCACAGAAGUUCGUGAACUCAGAGAAAAGGAACGCGCUUCUUCCAAUCAACUUCACGAUUAUGUCCAGAAGCAAAGCGAUGAAGCAUUUUGUGUAAAAAUUAAAGAAUUGGAAGCCGAGUUAACAUCAUCUAAUGAACUGCGGCAGAAACUGGAACGGAAGAUCCAGUUCCUUGAAGAUGAGAAUUAUUUACUUGAAAACAAGCAUAAAGAACUGAAGGAAACUAUAAGUAGCAUACUCCAAGAAAAAGAUGGCUUUGUUAAAGCUUACCAGGAAUCAACUUGUGAAAUGAAAAGAUCCAUUGAAUCCAGAGAUAGAAAGAUUACCAUUCUUUCUGAGAAGAUAACUGCUCACUUAUUAUCAUUUGACACAAUACGCAAACAGGCAUCAUUUGUGAAGCAAGUAGUGGAUAAUGCAACUCAUGUUGUCAAUGAGAAAGAGGAAGUAGUGUCUCAAUUGAAGAUGAAAUUGGACAAAGUAUGUGCAUUUGAGAACUUAUUCAUUGAAAAAAUCAAGGAUCUUGAAACUAAACUAAAAAUUAAAGAAAGUGAAUUUCAUACAAAGGAUAGAGUGAUUGCAGAGCUCCAGACACAGCUAGAGACAAUAAAAAUAACUACUGUUCAAUGCAAACCAAAGAUAGAGGAACUUCAAGAAACUAUACAAAUGAAGGAAGGGAUCAUAGAGACAUUAAUAUCAGAAAACAAGGCCUUGCAUUCUGAAGUGGGGAUGUUGGUAGUUACUGUUAAGAAAAUUCAAGAUACUAUGACACGUAUGGAUGAAGAGGAUAGAGCUUCUUUGCCUUUAAUAGUGGCAAACCAAGAAAAAAAUGUAACAAAUUCUCAUCACAUAGAUUCUAGAGCAACUGUGUCAGAGCUAGAUUCAGAAUGCUCAACUACACAAGAAGGAAUUUGUUGAUGAUGGGAUUUCUAUAAAAGGUAAUAUUCCUUUUUUUUUUUUUUUUUUUUUUUUUUUUUUUUAAAUAAAUUUCUAGUGAUGUGAAUGAAAUAUUAAGAUGGUAUAUAUCUAAAGACAUUUAUUAUCUGUAAUAGUGGGUUGUAUUGAUAUAUGUUAAAUGCUUACUUUAUAAUUUGUUACAUUUGGUCCCUUUCUUUUAUAUUGUAUCUACUAAGUUUAUGUCACACCAAAUUGUUUUGCCAUAUUGACCACCAUUUUAUUUUUAUUUUUUGUAAUGUAUUUAUGUAUUUAUAAAAAAACAAAAUCCAAUUGAUAAAUUUUGUUCAAAAAUGAGAAAUAAAUCAACCAAUUAUUUACAUGUGACAAGAGACUAAUCUUGGCAACCCAAGGCUCGUUGAAAGGUUGCAUUUUCUUCUUCUUUUUUUUUUUUUUGCUUUAUUUAUUAUUUGGUUGGAAAAAAUAGCUCAAUGGUCAAACACGUGACAUAUAAAACGAUAACACUGAUUUUUAUUUAUUUAUUUAUUUUUGCAAAAAAGGUUGACAAAAAAGUAGAUUCAUGUAUAUACUAGCUCACGUAUUAUUCAGGUAUUGUGUGUAUGUAACUAUGUAUUAUGAUUAGGUCCAUGUUGUACUUUACCCACGUUUAUAGAUUUUGGGCCCACAAUCUUGUAGUUAUUGUAUACUUGUAUAUAU